GGGUCGUAACGCCCGAGGCGUCCAGCUGCGCGGCCGACCAUCCGCAUUCCCUGCACCACUACAAGCGGCGGGGGCGGUGCGGAGCGAGGCGCGGCUUUCACGGGGCUGAGGGCUGUUCGGCCGGCGCAGCGAGGACGUCUGCAGCACCGCGGAAGUCGAGGCGUUGGAGCGCCAUGGCGCGCGGGGCCCAGUGCUUGUGAAACUGAACACAAAAGUAUGGAUAUGGGAAAUCAGCAUCCUUCUAUUAGUAGGCUUCAGGAAAUCCAAAAGGAAGUAAAAAGUAUCGAACAGCAAGUAAUUGGCUUCAGUGGCCUGUCAGAUGACAAGAAUUAUAAGAAACUGGAGAGGAUUCUAACAAAACAACUUUUUGAAAUAGACUCUGUAGAUACAGAAGGGAAAGGUGACAUUCAGCAGGCUAGGAAGAGGGCCGCGCAGGAGACGGAACGCCUUCUCAAAGAGUUGGAGCAGAAUGCAAAACACCCACAUCGAAUUGAAAUCCAGAACAUCUUUAAGGAAGCCCAGGCCCUCGUGAAGGAGAAGAUUGUGCCCUUUUACAGUGGAGGCAACUGUGUAACUGAUGAGUUUGAGGAAGGCAUCCAGGACAUCAUUCUGAGGCUGACACAUGUUAAAACUGGAGGGAAGAUCUCCUUGAGGAAAGCCAGGUACCACACGCUAACCAAGAUCUGUGCAGUGCAGGAGAUUAUCGAAGACUGCAUGAAAAAGCAGCCUUCCCUGCCGCUCUCUGAGGACGUGCAUCCUUCUGUCGCCAAAAUCAACUCUGUGAUGUGUGAAGUGAACAAGUCCAGAGGCACUCUGAUCGCACUUCUGGUGGGAGUGGACAGUUCUGAGACUUUCAGGCACCUAUCGUGUGUGCUCUCGGGGCUGAUUGCUGAUCUGGAUGCUUUAGAUGUGUGCGGGCGUACGGAGAUCAGAAAUUACCGGAGAGAGGUAGUGGAAGAUAUCAACAAGUUGCUGAAAUAUCUAGAUUUAGAAGAGGAAGCUGACAGUACCCACGCAUUUGACCUGGGACAGAACCAUUCCAUUCUGAAAAUAGAGAAGGUCCUCAAGAGGAUGAGAGAAAUUAAAAAUGACCUUCUCCAGGCACAAAACCCCCCUGAAGUAUACCUGAGCUCCAAGACAGAACUGCAGGGCUUGAUUGGACAGCUGGAUACAGUGAGUGUUGAGAAAAACCCCUGUAUCCGGGAAGCCAGGAGAAGAGCAGUGAUUGAGGUGCAGACCCUGAUCACAUACCUGGACCUGAAGGAGGCCCUGGAGAAGAGGAAGCUGAUCCCUUGUGAGGAGAACCCCCCACAUAAGGCGGUAUGGGAUGUCCUUGGGAACCUGUCAGAGAUCCAGGGAGAAGUCCUCUCGUUCGGUGGAAAUCGAACUGAUAAGAACUACAUCCGCCUGGAGGAACUACUGACCAAACAGUUGCUGGCCCUGGACGCCGUUGACCCCCAGGGAGAGGAGAAGUCUAAGGCCGCCAGGAAGCAGGCUGUGAAGUUGGCCCAGAACAUCCUCAGCUACCUGGACCUGAAGUCUGACGAGUGGGAGUAUUGAAGAGCAGGGAAACUGGCCUUGCUGGUCACACUUCAGACCUACUUCUGGGGAGUCUUCAGCCCCUGGAGCCUCUAUGUAAUUUAUAUGUGCAUAUUCAACCUCAGUAUUUAUGAUUUGUUCAAAUUAUAUUCCGUAUUUCUGCUGCUUUUGAUGUUGCAAACGAAUGUCAUUAUAGCACAUUAACUUUUCCAUCUGGCUCAUCUGUACACGGUGUUGAUUUGUCUGGUAUGUUUUCUGUGUUGUUUGUUUUGUGUGAUUUUAAUCAGAAUUUAAAAGAGGCAGCACUCCUAAUUUUUAAAUGGACUGUGUAAGCAGUAAGUGCAGAAAUGGAGACUCUAGAAGUGGGCCGACCAUACACUGACUCUAGGGAAAUUAUAAUAAGGGGAGACUUCAGGGUUUCUUAGAAGUCCAAGCAGGACGGCAUUACAAAGGUGUUCUAGUAUGCUGAACAGCAGGGGAUUUUUUUCACUUACAAGCCCUGAUUAGUCCCACCCAAUUUAGUUGGGAGGGGCUUUUGGUUAGAUAAUCUGUUUUUUCAUAAACAUUUUUGUUUGAAAAAGACUAUCUUUUCCCCUAUGCUCUUCUUAUUAGAGGACAGAAUCUUUUGUGUACAACACAAAAAAAUUAUGAAAUCUAAUAGCCAAAAACAUUUUUGGUCUCUCUGAAAGAGACACAAAAAUAUCAGCUAUUCAAUACCUUCAACAAAACAUCAGCUAUUCGAUACCUUCAGUGAAGCCAGUGGACCUGUGAAUAGAGAGGCAUUUGUACCUGUAGCUGGAGGGUGAGAACUGGAUUAGUGUUGCAGUGUCGGUUCACACCAGAGCUGAGCAGGAGACAGAGCUGCUGUCGGUUCACACCAGAGCUGAGCAGGAGACAGAGCUGCUGUCAGUCCAGGCUGUAAGAUAGACAAGCUUGUUCAACUUGGUGCAGUUUUACAACAUGGGAACAGAGACGUGGUAGAGGAACCAGGUCUCUGCAGCUGUCAGAGGAAGCUGUCUUAACUGCUAGCACCCUCAAUACUACCCGCACCUGCUCGGUGCCUGCUGGUUACUCAAUUGCUGGGCUAGGGCUCCCUUGGUGCCUGAAAAUUCACUAGAAUCUGUCAGGUAGAUAAAGGUUAUUUGUUUUUUUCCUUCUAUUAAAAGACAUAAGUAUUUCUGUGAAUAUUUCUGAGGAUCCAGUUUUAUGGUUGUCUAUUAAUUCAAACAAAAGAAUCCUCCACAAUUUUGCAGUGCUUUGACAAUGUGAGUCCCAGUAUCAUAACUGACAACCCAUUCAGUGUCACCUUAAUGUGAUCCUGUGAGAGCAUAUCUUUUCAACUCUGGUGAGCUGUUUGUUUGUUUUUCAGACAUUCAUUUAGAAACUUUGUGGAAGGAAAUUGUUUUAAACAGCUAACAUUGGACAGAUGGAUAACCUUCAGUACAUAAAAUAAAGACAGCAUAACCCUAAACUAAUGUUCACUGUCCCACUAAAAGCCCUUGAUACGUCUUUCCUGCUGGAACUGUCUAGAACCAGCCACCCUGGGGUCUUCAGCAGUGAGUAGACCACUGUAGACCCAGCUCUGGGCAGCUGCAAUCCCUCAGUUCAGGUCAUUGGAAUUCUCAAUUUGGCCAAAGUUGUUUAGAACUGCUUUACCGUGUCAUGAAUUUAGAAUGCUCAAAGUGUUGGCAAUGAGUUUUUAAAUUGUGCUCACUGGGCCAUCAAGGUGACACUAAAAUCACUUCAGACUAUCUUUCACCAGGUUCUAAUACUUAAUUUUUUAGAUUCAUUUUUGAGAGUUGCAUGUCAGCCUUUCAAAGUAUCCAUGGUCCUGUUAAAGUAGAUUCUGUCUCUUUAACACUGUUUUCUGUACCCUGCCAAGUCGUCCCACGCUGCUGAGCACAGGACAUCUCCUCCCCAGUGAGUUUUUUUAUGUGGAUCCAUUUGGUGGUGGAGACAGUCUCAUGACCUUGCGUGACUGUUGCACAUGGUUUGUUUCCUCUUCUACUUCCUUCUACCUGAUCUCUGUUCAGGCCCAUCUGUUCUUAUCCCUCUCGGGAGCACAUGUGUCUGCUUGGGCUGCCGCAGGUACUUUUAAGUUGGGCCCUCACUGUUGUGAUCCUAUGUGAAGAAACCACUGCAAGUGCAACCUGUACCCCAAAGAAGUGUGGCCUUUGUUCAGCUGUGUCACCCGUGUCUGCAGAACAAAACGGCUGGGGAAGUUCGGUUUCUUCCCCAUAAUUCAGUCACUUUGCUUUCAGAUCCUUUGUCCAACUAGGUGGGAGUCAUUUGAAGUCAUUGUUAAUAAAUGCAACAAAUGUGUCUAAGUCCAGUUUAAUGCUUCAUUUUGCUAAAAUGCCUGUAUAUUUGCUAUAGUGGUGUGUGACCAGGUUUUCUCAUUUUUAAUUUUUUUUCAGUUUGAGGCUGGCCUUGAAGUCCUCACCUUCCUGCCUCCACCUCCCAGAUGCCGGGUUCACAGAUCUGCCACCAAGCCUGGCUUCUUUGUUCACUUUGCCCCUCACCUGAUUUUGUGAGCGUCUCAGCCAGUUGUAGAUUGUUUCCCUUUUGGUUUGGUUUUAGAGUUUCACUAGGUAACGCUGGCUGGCUUCAAACUUGGAGUGACCCUCUUGCCUCAACCCUGAGUGUAUUAAGAUUACCGUGUCUGCUGGACCACAUUGGCUGUUCCAAACAAAGCUUUGCAGUUUUUAGCCGCUUGGAUAUCUUCCUUUAAGAAUAACUACACAUUUGCCCUUGAUAGCGCUGUGUAAACCAGGAUCGCCCUCUGCUGUGUUGGCUCUAGCCCUAUCCCUGUUAACUGUAUAACGCGUAUCAAGGGUGUCUAAACUAGUCAGUAUUGUUGCUAACAAAGACAUUCUAGCAUACCCCUAAGUAUUACUGAAAUAAAACGGAGCUCUUAGCUCAACUUGGUGUGGAAAAAGAA